AUGAGUCAACUGCUGAAAGGUGGUUGCUCCACGAAACCUCGAAACAGAGGAACCGUAGCAUCGGCUCGAUUUGCUGAUCUUCAAGACUGUGAUGAUAGAUUUGAAGGAUACUGCCAUAAUAGUGGUAUUUGCAAACUCACAUAUGACAUUGCCCAUCGUAUCAUUCCCAUUUGCUCCCAAAGCACAACUUUCAGUUGCCCAACGGGUUUUCGCGGUAAACAGUGUGAAUUCAUAAAUGACCCGAAUUACUAUUAUUCUAAACAAGAGAAGAAUGAAAUUGGUAUGACAACAGCAUUAAGUCUUCUUCUCAUCAUAAUACUCGCAAUUUGUUUUGCAUCAUUAUGUUUAUAUUUAUAUCGAAUGUAA